GCGGCGGCGGCGGCGGCGGAGCGGCGAUGGCAGCGGACACUGGAGCGGGCUUGAGGGCUCGGACCUGCUCCCUCCCGCGCGACCUCGGGCCCGACCCGGCGCUGCGGUCCCUGCUCUCUCCCCUCCUGCUUCCUCCCCGGCCGCUGCCUGGGCGGAGGCGGAGGCGGAGGCCCGGGCUGGCCGCCCUGCUCGUGCCCCGGCUCGGCCCCGGACGGCCCGGCUGCUGUGCGGAGAGGAGGCCGAGUCGGUAGUGAAAAGCAAAUACGGAAGAAAUAGGAUCUCAAGAUGAGUAAAAAGCCCCCAAAUCGUCCUGGAAUCACUUUUGAGAUUGGUGCGCGUUUGGAGGCCCUGGACUACUUACAGAAAUGGUAUCCGUCACGGAUUGAAAAAAUCGACUAUGAGGAGGGCAAGAUGUUGGUCCAUUUUGAGCGUUGGAGUCAUCGUUAUGAUGAGUGGAUUUACUGGGAUAGCAAUAGGUUGAGACCCCUGGAGAGACCCGCAUUAAGAAAAGAAGGGCUAAAAGAUGAGGAAGAUUUCUUUGAUUUUAAAGCUGGAGAAGAAGUUUUGGCUCGUUGGACAGACUGUCGCUAUUACCCUGCCAAGAUUGAAGCAAUUAACAAAGAAGGAACAUUCACAGUUCAGUUUUACGAUGGAGUAAUUCGUUGUUUAAAAAGAAUGCACAUUAAAGCCAUGCCCGAGGAUGCUAAGGGGCAGGUGAAAUCCCAGCAUCCACUAAGCUGGUGUUGUCCUAUCGACCCAGCUGGAUCGUGGAACCAGUCUAUGGGAAGUGAGGAUUGGAUAGCUUUAGUCAAAGCAGCUGCUGCAGCUGCAGCCAAGAAUAAAACAGGGAACAAACCUCGCACCAGCGCUAACAGCAAUAAAGACAAAGAUGAGAGGAAAUGGUUUAAAGUACCUUCAAAGAAGGAAGAGACUUCAACUUCUAUAGCUUCAUCAGAAGUUGAGAAGAAGGAAGAUCUGCCCACAUCUAGUGAAACAUUUGGACUUCAUGUAGAGAACGUUCCAAAGAUGGUCUUUCCACAGCCAGAGAGCACAUUAUCAAACAAGAGGAAAAAUAACCAAGGCAACUCAUUUCAGGCAAAGAGAGCUCGACUUAACAAGAUUACUGGUUUGUUGGCAUCCAAAGCUGUUGGGGUGGAUGGUGCUGAAAAAAAGGAAGACUUCAAUGAAACGGCUCCAAUGCUGGAGCAGGCGAUUUCACCUAAACCUCAAAGUCAGAAAAAAAAUGAAGCUGACAUUAGCAGUUCUGCCAACACUCAGAAACCUGCACUGUUAUCCUCAACUUUGUCUUCAGGGAAGGCUCGCAGCAAGAAAUGCAAACAUGAAUCUGGAGAUUCUUCUGGGUGUAUAAAACCCCCUAAAUCACCACUUUCCCCAGAAUUAAUACAAGUCGAGGAUUUGACGCUUGUAUCUCAGCUUUCUUCUUCAGUGAUAAAUAAAACUAGUUCUCCACAGCCUGUGAACCCCCCUAGACCUUUCAAGCAUAGUGAGCGGAGAAGAAGAUCUCAGCGCUUAGCCACCUUGCCCAUGCCUGAUGAUUCCAUAGAAAAGGUUUCUCCUCCCUCUCCAGCCACUGAUGCGAGCAUGUUCUCCAUCAGUUCUCAGAAUCAGCAAGAGUCUUCAGUACCAGAGGUGCCCGAUGUUGCACAUUUGCCACUCCAGAAGCUGGGACCCUGUCUCCCUCUUGACUUAAGUCGUGCCUCAGAAGUUUCGGCACCGCCCGCCCCAGAGCCCGUUUGUCCUCAUGAAUGUCCCAGGCCAGAAAAGGAAGACGCACAGAUGCUUACGAAUCCCUCUUCCAGAGCGAUAGCUGAUGGAAAAGGAGCUCCAACAGCAUCAGGACUAUCGAAAACAGAAAAAAAAGUGAAAUUGGAAGAAAAAAGCUCAACAGCAUUUGGUAAGAGAAGAGAGAAGGAUAAGGAAAGAAAAGAGAAGAAAGACAAAGAUCACUACAAACCAAAACAGAAGAAGAAAAAGAAAAAGAAAAAGAAAUCCAAGCAGCAUGACUAUUCAGACUAUGAAGACAGUUCUCUAGAAUUUCUGGAAAGGUGCUCUUCUCCACUAACUCGAUCUUCUGGGAGUUCUCUGGCUCUGCGAAGCAUGUUUACGGAGAAAAAUACAACAUAUCAGUACCCAAGGGCAAUUUUGUCAGUUGAUCUUAGUGGUGAAAACUUAUCGGAUGUGGAAUUCCUAGACGAUUCUUCAACAGAGAGUUUACUUCUAAGUGGGGAUGAGUACAAUCAGGACUUCGAUUCCACCAAUUUUGAGGAAUCUCAGGAUGAAGAUGAUGCUCUUAAUGAGAUCGUGCGAUGUAUCUGUGAAAUGGAUGAGGAGAACGGCUUCAUGAUCCAGUGCGAAGAGUGUCUGUGCUGGCAGCACAGCGUGUGCAUGGGGCUCCUGGAGGAGAGCAUCCCCGAGCAGUACGUCUGCUACAUCUGCAGGGACCCUCCCGGUCAGAGGUGGAGUGCAAAAUACCGCUAUGAUAAGGAUUGGUUGGAUAACGGGAGAAUGUGCGGGUUAUCAUUUUUGAAGGAAAAUUAUUCUCAUCUCAAUGCCAAAAAGAUAGUUUCCACACACCACCUGCUUGCUGAUGUCUAUGGAGUCACGGAAGUCCUGCACGGGCUACAGCUGAAGAUUGGAAUUCUGAAGAAUAAACAUCAUCCCGACCUCCAUCUCUGGGCUUGUUCUGGAAAGCGAAAAGACCAAGAUCAAGGAAUUGCGGGGGUAGAGAAAAAAAUGACAGCACAAGACACAGGGAGUGUUGAGGAGAAGAAAUACCAUGUUCAGAACCAUAAAGAACCACCUCGUGUGCCCCUAAAAAUGGAAGGAACUUACAUAACAAGUGAGCACAGCUACCAAAAGCCACAAAAUUUUGGUCAAGACUGCAAAUCUCUCGCAGACCCUGGGAGCUCAGACGACGACGAUGUUAGCAGUUUUGAAGAAGAACAAGAAUUCCGCAGGAAAGAUAAAAACCGUUCACAGUAUUCAGUGAAAGAAGAUGGGAUGCCUGACAAGAAUCCAGCUGAAAGGAACACGGUAUUUAUUUAUAACGAUAAAAAGAGCACUGACGACUCAGGACACGCACAUCUUCAGUGGCAGCUCAAUCUCCUUACACACAUAGAGAAUGUCCAGAAAGAAGUUGCCAGCAGGAUGGACCUAAUAGAAAAAGAAGUCGAUGUUCUGGAAAGCUGGCUUGAUUUCACAGGGGAGUUGGAGCCACCAGAUCCUCUGGCGAGACUGCCCCAACUUAAACGCCAUAUCAAACAGCUCCUAGUCGACAUGGGCAAAGUGCAGCAGAUAGCGACUCUUUGCUCCGUAUGACAGCAGUGAAAGCCGAAUGAAAAGAACGUGGGUCUCUUCAGGCGAUCGUUUUUAUUAUCCACAUGACUGCUACGUGGAUAGUUAUAAAAAGCUUAGUGUUGUUUGGUCAUUUACUGAUUUGUGACAUCAAUAGGAUGGCACCUUGGAAAGGAAAAUGAAGAACAGCUUUAUCAAGGAAGCUGAUGUUAAAAAAAAGCUUAUGAGCAAGCUACAAACGAUAAUGUGAUCUAUGCUAGGGAUCAAUGACGUGGAAUAUAACUUAUGCCAAGGAAAUCGAGUUGGCAGGAGUUUUGAAUAGUUGCUUACACGAAGCUCGAGAUACCUGUAGAAAGAAGUAUGGUGUGUUUAUGUAAUUUUUAGUAGAGAGGUCCAUGUAACGAAGCAGAAUUUGGCCUACAGCAAAACUGUAGAGGAAAUGGAAAUUCCGGAGAGUUCUGUAAGGUUGCUUAUACGAACUGUCUUCUCCACAGUUCGUCCGGCUGCACCGCAGUUUAGAGUAUUUAAACUUCUAUAGGAUCAUGAGCUGUUUAUUAGGUGAUGAAUGUCCUUAAUCAGAAAGCUGACAGUGGAAGCCUCACUUCCCAGGAAAACAGUUGUGGAAUUCUUGCUUCAUUAUGAUUACAUAUUUAAAAACAAAUGCCAAAUAAUUGGAAUUUAUUUUGCAGGCAGUAAGCUCAUUGUAAACAGAAUGGCUCACGGAAGGGUCAGCGUGCCAAAUGACGAUGACACUGCUGGGGAGAGAACGUUAAAUACCCCGGGAGUUCUACUCCCAACGUCUUACAUAGGCCAUCAGCCCAUCAGACACCCGAUGUCCUACACGGGACACACGUACUCUGUAGAGUUGAAUGCGGUAUUCAGGCAUCGGUGUACAGCUUGAUCCUGAGUAUGCUUGGUGUUUGCCUUCAGAUAAAAAUUGUAAAUAACCUCAGCUGGGAUGAGGAGUGACAAAAAUGUCGAAACAAUUUGUGGCUGUGGAUUUUUUUAACUGCUGGUAGUGGAAUACUGGAAACGCUUCAUUUCUGAAGAUGAAUUUUAUUUUUAAAAAAUACACGCGCACUCAAAAUGUUUAGCUUUGGUCACAAAUGGACAAAUUUCUGAAACCAAAGGCAACUAUAAGUUGCUGAGUUAGCUCUUGCUGGAGUUCGGGCCCGGGUCCUCCUGUCUGCCAGUGCCCUUGUGAGUCGUGUGCCACCAUGCUUUGUGCGCAGGUGUGCGUCCGCGUGUGCUUGUUUGAAACAAACACUCAACGUACAUAUGUACAUAGUCUACACAUAUUUAUAUCUACACAUAUCUAGUUUUAUUACUAUAGACUAUAAGAGUUGGUGGUUAACAUGAAAUGUUACCUUUUAACAGACUGUUUUUAAAAAUUAAAAAUGUAUGUACAGGUUUUGAAACUUUUUUAAAAAGGGGGAAAAAGACUGUUAAGAGGAGGCUAUUUGAUGAUAUAACACUUGAAUAUUUUAUGCCUCAUUCUGUUUAUCAGUUCUAGCGAUCUGUGUAAAUGCAUUGUAGAACUGAUACACAGUAAACUUGAAUUUAUCUUUGAUAAGAAUACAUGCCACUGUACAUUCAGAUAUUAUUUAAAUUUGCAAACACACUGUUCUAUAUGUAAGGUACUGUAUGUAAAACUCUUUAUUAAAACUAUUCCACAUAUCCUGAAAUUUCAGCUUGCCUUUUUGUGGCCUUAUAUUUUGAUGUAAAGACGAUUAAAAGAAUGUGCAAAACAGUCAUUCGAAAUUUUUAUUGCCUUCUGACAUUUUCCAACUUGAUAAAUGUGCCAAAGACCAACAGACAUAACAUAAGGUCCUGUGUAUUUCACUCGUUCUGCAUUCACUUUGUCAGAGGUCUUACUGGGAAAUGAAAAGCUUUCGUAGAGGUGAUUGGGAUACUUGCUUAAAUUUGCAUAUUAAAGUAAAAAAAAUAAUAAUAGUGCCUGUAUUCCAUGUGUGGAGUAAACUUGCUAAUGCCUGUAUUUCAAGAUUGAUAACUAUGUCUUUCAUUCGUGUUAAAAAAAAAAAAAAAAAAAAAAAAAAGAAUGGCUCUAAUCUUCUCUCUGUUGUGGUUAAAUUCCGGAUAUUGAACUUGUAUCUUUUUCUUUUCCCCUCCAGAGUGGAGCGAAUAGCAUCCUUAACCUAUGGAUAGUGGUGUUGCCUAGGUUCUUGUCACGUACACAGAAACCCUUUGUGCCUAGUGAUACCUGUCUUCUCAGUCCCUGGGAAGGGGCCACAGUUAAAUCGACGUGCAUUUGUUCUUGGAGUACAUUGUAAUCGGAUCCCUUUACUUGUUAGAAGCCAGCAAACGGGAGGCUUCCCAUUAAUACCUAGAUCACUCAGUUUUGGCUCUGCUUCUAUGUGUCUGAAUUGAAAGUCUGAAUUUUUUAAUUUAGAUUUUUAAAGAAAAUCGAUGCCAGAUCACUUUCAUGCACAUAUCCUUUCAAUAUAGAGUAUAUCAGCAAUUGGUUGACGUCUUAGCAACGAGUUGGCUGAGCCUUUCCCUGUUUAAGAAUAUGAAUUCGUUUUUGAGAAGUCAGUCCAUUGUGAGAGGUUUCAGAUGAGUGGAUUAAAAAAAUCUGUGUAUUUAAGUAUAAGCAGUAAACUAGAGAGGGUGUUUCUUGAAAAGAUAACUUUCUCCUUGCUGCCCCGCCAGAAGAGAAGGAGCACUGGUGGGAGGGAUCCUUAGCGUGGUAGUGGCCAGGGGAAUCUGCUUCCUCGUACUUGCGUGCGGUCCUUCUGACUUACUUCCUUAAAGGAACUAG